AUUUAUUUCCUGAUAAAUAAUAUUUGAUGGUUUUAUCCUUCUCUAGCGUACGUCAAUCGACUUAUCAUCAUUGUUGACUUAAGUCGACAAAUCUUUUGAAAUGUUUUUCUCAUUCGUCACUAUUGCCAACUUGGGGGAGAUAUGAGUGACGUGCGAGAUAUAACUUAUGUAUAUAUUUUACUUACGUAAAGGAAUAUUUUCUGUUCUUCGGUAGCACGAUUCUCUUUUGAUGCAAGAUUAGAAGAAAUAAGUGAAUUCAUAAGUAUGGUCAAUGGCGACAAUAAAAUUACCCGAACAGAAAGUAAUUCUUUGUGGAGAGUAUGGAGUCGGAAAAACGUCUUUAUUUCGAAGAUUUGCCACGAAUACUUUUGUACCAUAUUCCGAUCGAAGUUCUACUUUGGGCUUAGAUCAUUACGAUAAAAUUUUUAAAGUGUCGGGGAGAGAAAUUAAGUUGCAGUUAUGGGAUACAGGUGGCAUGGAACGAGUUGCAUCCAUCACUAGUAGUUAUUAUAAAUUUGCAGAAGCUGCAAUUCUAGUAUUCAGCUUUGAUAAUCCUGAUUCAUUCAAUAUUCUCUCUCAGCAUCUUUUGGAUAUCGUUAGCUAUGCCGAAAAUGCAAAAAUUUUUUUAUGUGGAAAUAAAAUAGAUUUGGUACAUCAUAUGGAUAUAACUGAUUCAGAUAUAGAAGCUUUUUGUGAACAGUGUCAUAAUUUGAUCAGUGGUGUGUAUAAGACGUCGUGCAAGACGGGUGCUGGAAUAGAAGAAAUGUUCACAGAUAUUGCUCGUCAGUUGGUGCUCACUUGUCGUGUAAAAGAUAUGGAAGAUGUAGCUAAAGAUUCUUUCAAGGUCACCGCUCAAGACGAACCCCAAGAAUCUUGUUCAUGCUAGUCAUUUUAUUCAAAAUAUAAGAAAUCAUAGCUUUAGUAAAUUUGUUUAUUACAAAGAAUUUUUUAAAUUAUGUACAGAUUUUUAAGAUUUCUGUACAUACUGUAAAGUACUAUGUUUUGUAUAUUGCUGCAGAUCUCUAAUUAUCCAUGAUUUACAUUUUGAAAAUUAAAAACAAAAAAACUUGUAGUGCUAUUGAAGUAGUAAUAAUUGUUUUGCUGUUAAUUUCUGCUUAAUAAUGUUUGAGUAAACAAGACUUAUCUAGAGAAUAAGUUAGAAAAUAUACAAAACAUGAUACUGAUAUUGGAAAUCAAACAGAAAAUUAUUUGAAUUAAUUGCAAUUUUUGCAAAAUGUUCCUAAUUUGACUGAUUAAUUUAUCAUAGAUAAUCUGUUAAUUAUAAUUUCAAGCUGCAGUUUGAAAUGAUUUCAAUAUAUUUAAUUAAAUGUUAAAUAUCCAAGAUUUAAGAAAGUAAAUUAGUAUUAAAAAAGAUUAAUGAUAUUUUACAUUAAUCUUGAUAUCUGAAUAAACUCAUUUCCAUAUAGAUAGAUAUCAAUAUAUAGAAAUUGCCGAAAUAUUUUUUUAAAGUAAAGACGAAAAAUGAAAUUAGCAUAUAUUUGAUUUUACUACAAUCACAACAUUGUUCUACUUAGGUAAGGGUGCAUUGAGCUUGAAUUUUACUAGAAAUUAUUAUUUUUAAUGUUUUUAUGUGAAGUACAGUAUUGUAAAGUAUAAACUAAAUGUAAAAAAAUUUCUUCCAUUAAUGUAUUUUUCUCUAAAUGUUAAAGUGAUGUAUGAGAUUAAAAUUUAUUAAUACAUUUGCAUUUAUAA